AUGGGAGCAUCACAGUCUACUAACCGAGCUGCCAAGUUUAGUGGGUCUCGGAGACGUGUUCAAAGUUGUAAUAGCGCUCCGCCCACAGCUCCAACUGUACGACGGCAACUGUCACAACGGAACACUAAUCGAAAUGUGAAGGAAUUCUCAAAAUUCUGGUCGGAUGGAUAUUUGACUACUGAUUAUUACAGGUGGUUCGUUCCGUCCAAAAAGUGGCUGCCCACGACGAAGCGAGUCAGUGAGACGAGCCAACAGCGUACGCCGGACAAAAGCGAUGACGUGGAAUGUUUUCGAUCAUUCAAAUUUUCAGCGGUGGAACAACCACCACAGAAUGCGAUCACACCUCUACCAACACCGUACAUUACUCCACGAUCGCCGAGAAACUCUCAACAACUGCUCACCCGCCAACGACAAUCCCGUUCCUUCUCGCAGUUUGGCGCCUAUGCGAUGCCGUCAGUGCGAUACGAUCACUUUGAUGAUGACGUCAUUUCUGAAUCGAAAAGCCCUCAUCUAGGAGAGUGCAAUGCAGAACAGCCGCAUACAUUGCAAUUCCCACAUGAGACCGCCAUUUAUUGA